GGCAUGUGGGCUCUGCGUAGCCUCCGACGGAGCCUCCUGCGUGCUGCCUCGUCGCCGCUCCACCUCAGCUCCGGGAGCUUCGCGGCGGGAUGCGGGAGCGAGGCCCCGGCCGCGGUGCUGCCGCCGGGUGGCGGGUUGUGGCGGCGGCUGAUGUCGACGACCAAGGGGAGGAGCAUGAGGAGCAAGGUGGAGAAGCGGAUGGCGAGGGAGACCGGCCGCACGCAGCGGGAGCUGCGCCGCGCCGUCAAGCUCAGGAAGAAGCUCAUGACCGACGACGAGAGGCUCAUCUACAACCUGCGGAGGGCCAAGAAAAAAGUUGCUUUGCUUCUGCAAAAGCUCAAGAAGUAUGAGCUACCAGACUUGCCAGCUCCUCGACAUGAUCCCGAGCUGUUGACGGCUGAGCAACUACAGGCGUACAAGAAGAUUGGAUUCAGAAAUAGAAACUACGUGCCUGUAGGAGUUCGUGGAGUUUUUGGAGGUGUUGUUCAAAACAUGCAUAUGCAUUGGAAAUUCCAUGAAACUGUGCAAGUUUGCUGUGACAACUUUCCAAAGGAAAAAAUCAAGGAAAUGGCAGCGAUGCUGACAAGAUUGAGUGGUGGCAUAGUGAUUAACAUUCAUGAUACCAAGACGAUUAUAAUGUUUCGAGGAAGAAACUAUCGUCAACCAAAGAACCUCAUACCUUUUAACACACUAACCAAAAGGAAGGCUUUAUUCAAGGCUAGAUUUGAACAGGCUCUAGAGUCACAGAAACUAAACAUCAAGAAGAUAGAAACACAACUCCGUCGUAAGGGUAUCAAUCCAGAGGAUCCAGUUGCCAUGGCCAGCAUACAACGAGUUGCAUCAACAUUCUUCCGAGCCAUAGAUGAGCAGCAAGGUACACCCUACGUCUUCCGUGGUGAUACACAACCAGCUGCUGGGAUCACUGAAAUAAAGGAACCGAAUGAUCAGCAAUCUGAGGAUAGCGACCAGGAAGAGCUUGAUCGCUUUAUAGCAGAAAUAGAGAGUGCAGCUGAACAACAAUGGGUGGAAGAAGAGGCAGCGGAGAAAGAAGAAUCUUCUAGAUUGCGAUACUGGGACAGAGAAGAGGGGAGUGAGAGGAAGGGUUUCAAUAGGAGCUAUGACAACCCAGGCAAUGACUUUAGAGACCAGGGAAGAUACAUGAGAGAUAACAACAGCCCAGGCAAUGACUUUAGAGACCAGGGAAGAUACAUGAGAGAUAACAACAGCCCAGGCAAUGACUUUAGAGACCAGGGAAGAUGCAUGAGAGAUAACAACCGAAGGACAGCAGAUUCAAGGAGGUGGGAUGAAGAUAGUGAGAUAGAUGUGUCAGGCGAGGAAUGGGAUUCUGAUGAUGGUAGGGGUAAUGCAGUUGGGUCUGACAAUGACAUGGAUGCUCCAGAUGAACACCCUCGACGGUUUGAAAGCACGAGGCGCGAGAAGAGCAGGACCAACCGCACUCAUAAUUAUAUUUCUAGAGGUUCCAGAAGUUCCAAUGAGAUUCCAAGGAAUACUGCUACUGCUUCUGGUAGGAGUGCGUUCAGGGAAAGUGAGGAUGAUGAGCUAGACACUGAAGAUGAUGAGGUGUGGGGAUCAAAUUUGAAGGAAGAUAGAAACUUGAGAGUUCCUAUGGUGAAUUUCUCUAACUACCAUAGCGGCAGCAGCAGCGAGGAUGAGGAAAUUGACCACAACUGGAAGCAAGAUGCCUGUACUGGCAAUACGAAGAAUACUGAUGAGAGCUGGGACAGUGACUAAUAUAUGGAAGAUUUCAAUACCCAGAUAUUUCAUGGCUGCUACAGCUUGCAUUCUCGCCUAAGAAUGAACUGGAGGGAAGCUAAUACAAUCACUUGGUUGUGAUGAGGCCAACUGUUCUUCAACAUUUCACACUGCAACCUUCAGAGUUCAGACUCUGCUUUGAUCCCAACUGACAUCACUACAUCAGGAAUGCGCUUAAAUUGCCUGCAUUGAAUCUUAGAUUACAAUGGCACUGCUAUCACAUCCUCAAAUCAGAACAGGUUUUCAUGUGGGGAGCUUCAUACAUCAAAGGAGGGGCUGCAUGUUUCUAGACAUGUGAAUUCCUCGAGCUGUUAAACAAAAAGACAUGCACAUAUACAAUUCUUAAUAGCACCGUCUGCCAUUCCCGAUCGAAAUAUACAAUGUAUUAAUUGAAUGCUUGAUAAGCUUAAGAAAGCUAUCUAUCUACGGUCACGAUAUAAUUGAGCAUCGCCUUCGUUAUGUCUGCUCACAUUACAUAGCG